AUGGACUACACCUUCCCUCUGCGCUCUGCCACACGUUUGCCACAGCUAGAUCAGUGGAAGCAUUCUCACAGCCUGAGGUCCCAAUACCACCACAGUGAGCACAGCCUGAGCCCASAUGGCUGGGGAUACCAGCACAGCCGCCUGGAGCCACUGGAGUGCCGGGAUCUGCUGGUCCAGAAUGCGCUCUUCACUGGAGACCUGGACAUGGUGCAGAAAUACUUCACCAAGAGCGCAGCCAUCAAYCUCAUCAUUGAGACCAGGGGAGAUGUGCUGCGCUGGACUAGCAGGAAACGUGGGCUGUGGUCGCUGAGCUAUGAGCAGGAGCUCACCACACCCCUGCACAUCACAGCCAGCCGGGGCUACACCGACUGCCUGCGGUUCCUGCUGCUCCGGGGCGCUGCCGUCGACUUUGCUCCAGGGGGCAAGACCGCCCUGCAYGAGGCUUGUGCCGCUGCCAGCACCGACUGCGUGCGCCUGCUGCUCAGCUCCGGAGCUGACCCUGAGGCUGUCUCUGACGAUGGCUACAGGCCCCUGCACCUCUGCAAGAGCUCAGACUCCAUCGAGUGUGUCCGGCAGCUGCUGCAGCAUGGYGCCAGCGUGAACAGUCGGACGGAGGAGGAGAACGACACAGCACUGCACGUGGCAUCACGGCACGGCCUGGCAGAGCACGUCCAGCUGCUUCUGCACCACGGGGCUGAACUGGAGGUAAAGAACAAGGAGGGACAAACGCCACUGAAUGCUGCCUGUGCUCAGCAUCAUCAGCCCCAGGACAUGGACCGCUACUACCGUGUSUGCCAGCUGCUGGUGGAGAGCGGUGCCAGCAUCAACGCCGCAGAUCGGGACCGGCAGCAUCCRCUUCACCUGGCCUGCAAGAAUGCCAAUGCUCAAAUCGCAGAGUUACUGCUGGCCCGSGGUGCCAAUGUCAAUGUCAUGAACUAUGGUGGCAACACAGCCCUGCACAACAUCCUGCAAGUAGCUGCCUACAAGCUGGAGCAUCGCCCGGAGCUCGUGGUGCGAACCCUGCUCAACCAUGGAGCCGUUCGCAUCUGGCCAGGCUCCCUCCUCAAGGUGCUGCGGCACUGCCACACCUGCCCACGUGUCAUCGAGGCACUGGUGAACAGCUACACCCACGUGCGAGUCUCUGAGGACUGGGUGGAAGCAGUUCCAGUAGAGGUUGUACAGAAAUACCCACGUUUCUACCAGUCACUCUUCUCCCUGGAGCACAGCCCUCGCUCGCUGCAGCAYCUGGCUCGCUGCACCCUCAGGACGCUCCUGGAGGGCCGACUGCUUCUGGUCCUGUCCCAGCUAUGCCUGCCAAGUGCCCUGCAUCAGUUCCUGCUGCUCGGCUUCGAGGACAUUCUCUACUAG